AUGGUGAUACUAGUGACUUUGCUUCUGGUAAUGCUUCCUCAAAUGGCAUGCAAGGCUCACAUUCUUAAGUGCAGGUUCCAAUAUCCACACCAUCCUUUCCACAAAUAUCAUCAGGAUGGAGACCUUAUAAUUGGCGCCAUUGCUUCUCAGAGCUUCAUUGUCUCCAGUUCAAUAGACUUCACAGAAGAACCCCUCCCAACACUACAUGAAGAGUUUAUCGUAGUACCAAAGAAUUACCAGCACAUCCUGGCCUUGGCCUUCGCAGUAAAGGAGAUAAAUGAAAACAUUAUGAUCUUGCCCAAUGUCACCUUGGGCUUCCACAUUUAUGACAGCUAUUUCAAUGCAAAGUCAACCUACCAUGCUACAAUGCUACUUACAUCCACACUGGAGAGAUUUGUCCCUAAUUACAUAUGUGAUGUCAGGAAUAAUCUAAUAGCAGUCAUUGGGGGACUGGACUCCCAUAUCUCCCUUCAUGUGGCAAAUGUUUUGGAUAUUUACAAGAUUCCACAGCUAAUAUAUAGCCCUGCUCCAGUGAUGAAUGAUAAAACUCCAGGCCUUCCAUUCUACCAGAUGAUCCCCAAGGAAGUCAUUCAGUAUAAGGGGAUUCUCUAUUUACUUUUGUAUUUUGGGUGGAAGUGGAUUGGACUCAUUGUUAUGGAUACCUCAGAUGGAGAAAGGUUUGUGCAAACUGUGGUUCCAAUGUUUUCCCAGAAUGAGAUCUGUUUUGCUUUUAUAGAAAGAAUUCCAACAUUGACUUUUGUCACAGACAUUAAAUAUGCGAUGGAAGAUGGUGCAAAAAUACACGAUAAAGUGAUGGGCAGCAAAGCCAAUGUCAUAGUGGCCUAUGGAGAAUCUUACUCCAUGGCUUUUUUCAGAUUUCUUCCAUAUCUAUCACAGCAAGAAAGCAUGGCAAAUAAACCAAAAGUGUGGAUAGCAACAGCCCAGGUGGAACAUACUGCAUUUGUUAUUCAAAGGACUUGGGAUGAUGAGCUAUUCUAUGGUGCUCUUGCCUUCAAAAUUCACUCCAGUGAACUCCCACUGUUUCACCAGUUUGUUCAGAGCACAAACCCAUCCAGCACCACAGGAGAUGGUUUCAUAAGGGACUUUUGGCAAAAUGCCUUUGGCUGUGUAUUUCUAAAUCAAGCUCCGGAUGAACAGAUGGAGGAUAUCUGCACUGGGAAGGAGAAACUGGAAAGUCUUCCUGAUUCUUUUUUUGGGAUCAGCAUGACUGGUCACAGCUACAGCAUCUACAAUGCUGUCUAUGUUGUGGCCCAUGCUUUACAUAAAAUGUCAUCAUCUGUACACAGAUCAGUGAUGAAGGAAGGUGGACAGACCCUUCACAGACAACUGCCAUGGCAGGUCCAUUAUUCCCUGAGAAGUGUCUCAUUUAACAACAGUGCUGGGGACAAGGUUUCCUUUGACCAGAAUGGACAGCUAGUAGCUGGAUUUGAUGUUAUCAACUGGGUUAGUUCCUCAAACCAGUCUAUAGUGAAAGUUGGGAGGAUGGAUCCCGAGGCUCCUCCAGACCAAGUGUUUACCAUCAACAAAGAUGCCAUAACAUGGCACAGCUGGUUUAACCAGGCACAGCCUCUUUCUGUCUGUACUGAGAGUUGCCAUCCUGGUUCUAGCAAGAAAGUGAAGGAGGGGGAGCCAUUUUGCUGCUACGAUUGCAUCCCAUGUCCAGAAGGGAAGAUUUCAGACCGUGAGGAUAUGAAUUAUUGUUACCAAUGCACCGAUGAAAAUUAUCCAAAUGAAAACAGAGAUUUAUGCAUUCCCAAGGAUGUAAGCUAUUUGACUUUUCAGGAACCAUUGGGGCUCACUUUAGCCUGUUUGUCUCUUUCAUUUUGUUUGAUCACAAUUCUCAUGCUAGGAACCUUUAUGAAGCACCAUGACACCCCUAUUGUCAAAGCUAACAACCGGGACCUCACCUACACCCUCCUUUCCUCCCUGUUGAUCUGCUUCCUUUGUGCUUUGCUAUUCAUUGGCCAACCUCAGAAGGUGACAUGUCUCCUCCGGCAAACUGCUUUCGGCAUUAUCUUCUCAGUGGCUGUUUCUUCUGUACUGGCAAAGACCAUCAUGGUGUUUCUGGCUUUCAUGGCCACAAAACCAGGAUCCAGGAUGAGGAAAUGGGUGGGGAAAAAACAAGCAUAUUUCAUUGUUGUUUCCUGUUCCCUUGUUCAAAUGGGCAUUUCUACUGUGUGGCUGGUGAUAUCUCCUCCAUUCCCAGAUGUUGAUAUGCAGUCAGUGACUAAAGAAAUUAUACUAGAAUGUAAUGAGGGUUCUGCUAUGAUGUUUUAUUUUGUUCUGAGUUACAUGGGCCUGCUAGCUAUUGUCAGUUUCACUGUCGCUUUCCUUGCCAGGAAGUUACCUGACAGUUUCAAUGAAGCCAAGUUUAUCACUUUUAGCAUGUUGGUCUUUUGUAGUGUUUGGCUCUCUUUUGUUCCAACCUACUUGAGCACCAAAGGGAAAUACAUGGUAGCCGUGGAGAUCUUUUCUAUCCUAGCUUCCAGUUUUGGGUUGCUGGGCUGCAUCUUUUUUCCAAAAUGGUACAUUAUUUUAUUGAGGCCUGAGCUGAAUAACAAAGAAAUGCUAAUUAGAAGAAAGUGUUGA